AUGUCCGCGACCAUCCAUUUAGACAAUUCACAUACCCACUUCACCAACCUUGACUUCCUGUCCGGCAGAGUUGUGAUUAAUCUGCCGUCUGAAGCAGCGAUAGGUGGUAUUCAAGUGAAGCUGGAGGGAGAAAGUCGCACGCGUCUGUCGGGGCCCCGAAAUCCGCACCAUGAACAGUCCGAUAAGAAGCGCACCGAAUUAGAAGUUCAUAAGCUCUUGUAUAAAGUCGUCACCGUUUUCCCUACCCCGGAGGUGUUCAACUCCAAGGCUCCGAAUACGACGUAUACUUUUGCGUCCGGGACAUAUGAAUAUCCCUUCCAGUUCAAGUUUCCCUUCAACAAUGCCUGCAGCAUGCAUAAUAGCAUGCUCACGAAUCUGAACAUCACCGGGCUGAAAGUCGAAAUGGCCAAGGAUACGAAUCGGCAUGUCAAAAAGACCCUUCCUCCUUCUCUAAGCGGCUUUCCGGGCGAGGCAGACAUCAAAUACUAUCUAAAGGCGACUAUCAUCCGGCCACAAUUUUACAAGGAAAACAUCAGAGCGAUCCAUGACUUGAACUUCCUUCCCAUCGAACCACCAAGGACAGGCAGCCUAAACGAGGAAACGUAUGCGCGACGCCAGCAUCAGUUUACAAAAGCCCCCAGUGGUUCCAAGACGAAGAACUUAUUCCAAAAGGUCUCGUCUACUUCCCUUCGAGAUGGUGCCUCGGACACUCCUCGCGUCUCUGCAGACAUUCGACUUCCGAACCCGUCCAUCCUCACCUGCAAUGAGCCCAUCCCGCUGCGGGUGUUGGUGAGCAAGGUGUCCGAGUCAUACGAAACCAUCUUCCUGCAGAUGCUGCAAAUCGAGUUGAUCGGGUACACGCACAUCCUUGCCCACGACCUAAGGCGAACGGAAAGCGGAAGUUGGGUUAUAAUGAGUCGCAGUAACAUGGGUAUCCCCCUUGGGAGAGGAGGUGAUCCGGCGGGCUCGGAAUACACCAUCGACGCCAGCAUGUGGAAUCGGGUGCCUCUGCCUAGCUCAGUGGCUCCGAGUUUCGAGACAUGCAACAUCUCAAGAUCCUACGAGCUUGAGGUCCGAAUUGGAUUGACUCAUGGCAGUAUUGGGAACAUGAAACCUCAACUUAUCGUACUCCCGCUAAGAAUGCCUGUCAAAGUGUUCUCCGGUAUUGCUCCACCCCAGGCACUUCUGGACGCCAUGGCUGCCAAUGGGCGCGUCAAACCAUCGGCGCAGGUGCCACCUUCACCAUCAGUCCCAGAUCGACCCGCGGGUAGUACCAGUUCGCGUCCACCCAUGCCUCCCAGACCUUCAGCGGCUCCUGUUCCCGUGCCCGCCUCGGAGGAAAACUAUGACGAUGCUCCUCCCAGCUACGAGGAUGCGAUGGCCGAAACCCUCAGUCCCGUAGAUGGCCCCCGUCGCGAGUAUAACCCACCAGAUGCCUCUUCCUCUUCCGGAAGACCCGUUGAAUCUGGAGCUGAUCCAAGCUCGUCAGUGUACCCGGUAAAGGAUCGUGAGGCUCAGACCCCGUACGGCAACCGCGAAGCGAAUUCAUCCUCGGAGUCCUUCGACAUGCUUCCUUCGACGCCGCCGGAAUCCCACUCCGGCUCACCCCCGACGUCUCCCGUUGCUCGUCAACAGAGCAUUUUGAAGAUCCACAAAAUGGCGCCCCCUCCGGAGGACAACCCGCCUCAGUACCAGCCAGUAGCCGACAGUCACCUGCAACCAGCAUCCCCUGGUCCGGCAGAACGGAGGCCCUCCGGUUCUGAAUUCCGUCCCAUCAGACUCGGUGUGCCCAGUAGGAAACCAGUCCCUCGAAGCUCAAGUUCCGGAGGUCCUUGA